UAUGAAGUACAGUAGACGUAGUUAUUCUGUGGUCGGUGUGUGAAAAAAACAACUGUCGCUUAGCUAAACGUCAAAAACGUCAAACUCUCUUCCGGCCGUCUUUUUAGGUUGGUGUGUCACUUUGUGAAGAUCACAAUGGGGCGCCGACCCGCUAGAUGUUAUCGUUACUGUAAGAACAAACCGUACCCCAAGUCGCGGUUCUGUCGGGGUGUGCCUGACCCCAAGAUCCGUAUCUUCGACUUGGGUAAGAAGAAGGCGGCAGUGGAUGACUUCCCGCUAUGCGUGCACCUGGUGUCGGACGAGUACGAGCAGCUGAGCUCGGAGGCGCUGGAGGCGGGCCGCAUCUGCUGCAACAAAUACCUGGUGAAGAACUGCGGCAAGGACCAGUUCCACAUCCGCAUGAGGCUGCACCCCUUCCACGUCAUCCGCAUCAACAAGAUGUUGUCGUGUGCUGGAGCUGAUAGGCUCCAGACUGGGAUGCGUGGUGCGUUCGGCAAGCCGCAAGGCACCGUGGCCCGCGUGAACAUUGGACAGCCCAUCAUGUCCGUGCGCUCCAGUGACCGCUGGAAGGCGAAUGUGAUCGAGGCUCUGCGUCGUGCCAAGUUCAAGUUCCCCGGCCGUCAGAAGAUCUACGUGUCCAAGCGCUGGGGCUUCACGAAGUACGACCGCGACGAGUACGAGAAGCUGCGCGACGACAACCGCCUCGCGCAGGACGGCUGCAACGUGAAGUACCGCCCCGAGCACGGCCCGCUCGACGCCUGGAAGAAGGUGCAGAACGAGCUGUUCGCCAUGUAGAGAGGGUGUUAUUAAUAAAUUGACGACUGUCUA